CAUGACCUCCAACAUGAGUGUGUCUGGGAAACAGGACUUAAAGAAAGACGAGAGAAUGAUGAAGGGAAAGAGAUCAGACUCACCAGAACCCAGCUGUGUGUCCAUGAAGAGUGACGCGUCAAUGGGACGUCCAAUUGACUUCAAAACCAGAGACAAUUCUACUGAUGUGAGACCACAAAAAUCAAACAUCAGGAGAAAACAGCUGGACUCUAUAUUCAAGGAGCUGGAACACAAAGUCAUCACUCUGAUAAAGAAUGAGCUGAAGAGGUUUAGGAAGCUCCUGAGUCCAGAUUACCCAGCAUGCACUGAGAGGGAGGUGGAGGAUGAGGAGGAUCUGCACAGUGUCAGAGACGGAGCGCUGAAGAUCACACUGCACGUCCUGAAGAACAUGAACCACACAGAUCUCGCUAACACACUGCACAACAAACUCGCCCCUGUGUAUCAGACAAAGUUGAAGUCCAAUCUGAGGAAGAAGUUUAAAAGAAUUAAUGAAGGAAUCUCACAGCAUGGAAGCUCAGCACUUCUGAAUGAGAUCUACACUGAGCUCUACAUCACAGAGGGUUGGAGUGGAGACGUCAAUAAUGAACAUGAGGUGAGACAGAUUGAGGCAGCGUCCAGGAGACCAGCAACACAGGAGAAACCCAUCAAAUGUAAUGAGCUCUUUAAAGACAAGUCCAUCAGAACUGUGCUGACUAAAGGAGUUGCUGGAAUUGGAAAAACAGUCUCUGUGCAGAAGUUCAUCCUGGACUGGGCUGAAGGAGAAGUAAAUCAGGACGUCACCUUCAUGUUCCCACUUCCCUUUAGAGAGCUGAAUCUGAUGAAGCAGAACAAUCUCAGUCUGAUGAAACUUCUUCAUCACUUUUUCCCAGAAAUAAGAGAACUAGAAUCAAUAGACUGUGACUCCUACAAAGUGGUGUUGAUCUUUGAUGGUCUGGAUGAGUGUCGACUUCCUCUAAAUUUCCAGAAGAAUGAGAGAUUGUGUGAUGUGACAGAGUCAGCCUCAGUGGAUGUGCUGCUGACGAACCUCAUCAAGGGGAAUCUGCUUCCCUCUGCUCUCCUCUGGAUAACCACAAGACCAGGAGCAGCCAAUCAGAUCCCUCCUGAGUGUGUAGACCAGGUAACAGAGGUACGAGGCUUCAGUGAUCCUCAGAAAGAGGAGUACUUCAGGAAGAGGAUCAGUGAUCAGAGACUGACCGAUAAAAUCAUCACUCACCUGAAGUCUUCAAGAAGCCUCUACAUCAUGUGCCACAUCCCAGUCUUCUGCUGGAUCUCAGCCACUGUUCUAGAGAGAAUGUUGGGUGGAGCAGAGGGUGGAGAGAUCCCCAAGACUCUGACUCAAAUGUACACACACUUCCUGAUCUUUCAGAUCAAACACAAGGACCAAAAGUACCAUCAGAAAUGUGACCCUGAUCCUCAGCAGACCAGAGAGAGUAUCAUGGCACUGGGAAAACUGGCUUUCCACCAGCUGGAGAAAGGAAACCUGAUCUUCUAUGAGGAAGACCUGAGCGAGUGUGGCAUUGAUGUCAGAGAAGUGUCAGUGUACUCAGGAGUGUGUACCCAGAUCUUCAGAGAGGAGUUUGGGCUUCACCUGGGGAAGGUGUUCAGCUUCGUACAUCUGAGUGUUCAGGAGUUUCUGGCUGCUUUAUACACAUUUCUCUCCUUUAUUAGCAGAAAUGUAACAGAACAUCAAACCUCUGAUCUGUCUGAUCUUUUCAGGAAGUCAAACAUGUCUGAUCUCCUCAGGAGUGCAGUGGACAAGGCCUUACAGAGUGAGAAUGGACACCUGGACCUGUUCCUCCGCUUCCUUCUGGGUCUCUCACUGGAGACCAAUCAAACUCUUUUACGAGACUUAAUGCCACAGACAGGAAGCAGAUCUCACAGCAAACAGGAAACAGUGGAGUACAUCAAGGAGAAGAUCAGGGAGAAUCCAUCUCCAGAGAAAUCCAUCAAUCUGUUCCACUGUCUGAAUGAACUGAAUGAUGAUUCUCUAGUGCAGGAAGUACAAACUUAUCUGAAGAGAAGAGGUGACAGACGUCUCAGUGACACCAGACUCUCUCCUGGUCAGUGGUCAGCUCUGGUGUUUGUGUUACUGACCUCAGAACAGGAGCUGGAUGUGUUUAAUUUGAGGAAAUAUGAUCCAUCACAUGAAGGUCUUCUGAAGCUGCUGCCAGUGGUCAAAGCCUCCAGAAAAGCUGAGCUGUGGAAGUGUAAUCUGACAGAGGAAAGCUGUAGAGUUCUGUCCUCAGUUCUCAGCUCAAACUCCUCCAGUCUGAGAGAACUGAACCUGAGUGGCAAUAAUCUGCAGGAUUCAGGAGUGAAGCUGCUCUCUGAUGGACUGAAGAAUCCACACUGUACACUGGAGAUACUGAGUCUGUAUGAGUGUAAUCUGACAGAGGAAAGCUGUAGAGUUCUGUCCUCAGUUCUCAGCUCAAACUCCUCCAGUCUGAGAGAACUGGACCUGAGUGUCAAUAAACUGCAGGAUUCAGGAGUGAAGCUGCUCUCUGAUGGGCUGAAGGAUCCACACUGUACACUGGAGAUACUGAGGCUGUGUGACUGUAAUCUGACAGAGGAAAGCUGUAGAGUUCUGUCCUCAGUUCUCAGCUCAAACUCCUCCAGUCUGAGAGAACUGGACCUGAGUGACAAUAACCUGCAGGUUUCAGGAGUGAAGCUGCUCUCUGAUGGGCUGAAGGAUCCACACUGUACACUGGAGAUACUGAGGAUGCAGGACUGCAGUAUUAAAGAUAAAGGUUGUGCUGCUCUGGCUUCAGCUCUGAGGUCAAACUCCUCAUCACACCUGAGAGAACUGGAUCUGAACUAUAAUAAUCCAGGAGAAUCAGGAGUGAAUCUGCUCUCUGAUCUACUGAAGGAUCCACACUGUAAACUGGAGACACUACAGUGAGUUACUGAUUUAACUACCAAAUUAAUCUGUUUUUCUAGUUUAAAGUCACCAUCCAUUAAAACCCCCAGGUUUUUGACAACAGGCUUCACAAAUGACUUUAAGUCACUCAGAUCUACAUCACGAGUAUUAAUCUUACCGCCAGGUCGAAAUAAAAUUAUUUCAGUUUUAUCUUCAUUAAACUUUAAGAAGUUGGAGGCCAUCCAGGCUUUAAUAUCUUCAAGACAUCUCAGCAAAGGUGCUACAGAGUUUGCAUCCUUCCGUUUCAAAGGCAGAUAGAGUUGCAAGUCAUCUGCAUAACAGUGAAAUGAAAUGCCAUGUUUCCUAAAAAUAGACCCUAAAGGUAAUGUAUAUAAAGAAAAUAAAAUCGGUCCAAGAAUGGAACCCUGAGGGACUCCACAUACAAGAGAUGUAGUAGAAGACACAAAUUCCCCAAGACGUACAAAGAAAGUUCUUUCACCCAGAUAAGAUUUAAACCAUUGUAACGCGGCACCCUUUAUACCAACACAAUGCUCAAGGCGAGAGAUUAGUAUAUUGUGAUCUAUGGUGUUGAACGCAGCAGUAAGAUCUAACAGCAAGAGAACAGCAUAGUUACCUGCAUCAGUGGUCAAUAAUAAAUCAUUAUAAACUUUUAACAGGGCCGUUUCCGUGCUGUGAAGUGAUUUAAAACCAGAUUAGUACAACUCUUGCAAGCUAUGCAAGUCUAGAUAGGCUAAUAAUUGACUAAAAACAACUUUUUCCAAUAUUUUGGAAAGAAAUGGGAGUUUAAAAAUGGGUCUAAAAUUAGCAAGAACCGAUGAAUCCAAGUUAGGUUUUUUUAUCAGUGGUUCCACUAUAGCGUGUUUAAAAUGUAGGGGUACAACUCCAUGAGUGAGACUACAA